GAGAAACAAACGUUGCUAUUUAUAUUGUCUUAGCAACAAAUAAACGGUUUUUUCCAUAACUUUUACUAGCAGCGAAAAAAAAUAAGGAAACAGUUUAAAUUAACAGUUUACUUUAAAGAAAAAAAGAAUUCAAAAUGAAGCCUGAACUGAGCAUAUACAACAACAGCCACCUAGAUAGCAAAAUAAAGAGCUCUAUAGGUAAAACAGCUAAAGCUAUUAACAAUCCUUUUACCCCAUAUUUAUCAGAAAACACAACGGUUAACACUCAGCUGCAACCAAAGUUGAAACUUAUCAAUGAGGAUUUUCGUAAUCCAAAACAUUACGUUGACGAAGACCUUAACGUAAAAAUAGUAAAAACUCCGAGAGGACUGCAAUUGCACACCCGCUCAAAAUAUAUCAGCCCAAGAUUGUCAAAUUCUGCUCCGUUAAAAUUUGAACCACUCGAUACAAAGGAAAGUGGAAAAAAAUUGGAGGAUCGAUUAUCUAAUCUUAAUUUAAAAAUGAACGAGAUGGAUUUAGUAACUCCUCGUUCAAAAAGCCGAUUUUCCGCCACUGAAGAGUAUAAAAGACAACAACAUCUUGUUUACAACGAAUAUCUUCACAACUACCAUAAUUAUUAUAACUUACAUAACAUGAAAUACCUUUAUGAUGAUUACGGCUCUUCAAGAGGUGGCUCUUUGGAUUCAUACCGUCUUCAUACGGUACCUCCGGCUCUUGCAGCAUACUACAGUAACAGAUCCAGAGUUGAAGAUGACUCUUUGUUAGGAAGUCUUGUUAAUCGAUCCAUAAGAUACGGUAAUGAUUUGCCAUAUAGAUAUCGUCUUCCAUACAAUCAAGUUAUCUAUCCUCCUUAUUUUAGUAAUGAUAGUUUAAACCUAACCUCCCCUCAACAAAAAAAUGGUGAUCAAGUUUAUGAAGAACGCAAGAAAAAUAGCGAGGAAAAAACGCAAGGAUCAGUUGUUGAAAGUUUAAACGAUAUCCAAAAUGAUGAUUUCCUUCAACGACAAGAUACAGAAGAGGAAUUGCCAAGAAGCGGAAAUUCCUACGCUAAACUGCGUAAAAGUUAUAUUAACAGGAAGUAUUACGGAGAUAAAUCUGAAAGCCGUUACUGAAAACAUUUUAAAAUCUUUCUUUAUGAUAAAAUUUGCUAAAAACGUUGUCUUUUAUGCUUUGCAUAACAGACAAAGUUUUAGUUUUAUGCACAACUUGCACCAACCACAAAACUCUUUCUGAGCUAUCGAGCAAAAUAAUUUAAGAAAUUUCAUCAAAUAAUUUAGCAAAGCAUUUAUUAUAUUAUCAUAUAUUAUUUAUAAUAUAUUUUAAAUAAAAUUGAACAAUUUAUUACUUGUACUUUUCCAACUUAUUUAAUAUUGUAAUAGAAUUUAAUUAUAUUUAAUAAUUUAUAAAAACUUUCAUGUA